AUGGAUUUGAAUCAAAAACGCAUAAUGACUCUGCUGAGUGAAGUGCAACUCCGCAGCCGCGAAACGCCAAACAAUCAGCUUAAGAAGAGAAAAAAAAGCAAGAAGAGACGUAGACUGGCGAAUGGUGAUGUGUGUGAAGAUGCAAAAGAAGAAAAUUCCUGCACUGAUCUGUAUAAAGCUGCGCAAAAUCAAUUAAAAGAGGAAAUGGAGGCAGCGGGGAUGGUGGGAACUUUACCUCUCAGUUUUGGUGGCAGUACAAAGCUAAAGACAUCGAAAGAACGAAAGCGAAAAAUUCAAAAAAUUGAACAACUGCACGAGUCUGAAGAAAAUGAAAUGACAACAUAUGCGUCGAAAUGUAAAAAAGUUGACUUUGAAGAGGAGGAGGAAAACAGUGAUGAUAAAAACGUUGUUCAAGUUGCCGAAAAGAAAGCUUCAAUAGUGGUGACCGAAGCUGUCGACGAGGUACGCGUGAUGAAUAUUUCAAAUGAAGAAGUGAUGGAGCAAGUGAUCAAGCAAGUGGAGGUGAUUGAGGGUAGUAUACUAGAAAAUCAGAGUAUACGCGUUUUAAAGCAUGAGAAUUCAACUUCAAACUCAAAAAAUUCCAGGUGUCCAGUUCCAAAGGAUGUCGCCAAGUUUUACGUGCAAAGAGACAUUCUUUUCGAGAAAUUCAACGAUGGUAUUCUGCUUGACCAUGAAAGCUGGUAUUCGGUAACACCUCAAAUUAUCGCAGAACAUAUUGCAAAGCGCCUUGCAUGUGAUGUUGUCAUCGAUCCUUUUUCAGGCUGCGGUGGCAAUAUAAUCCAGUUGGCAAUGACGUGUAAGCAGGUUAUUGCAAUUGACGUUGAUCCAGAAAAAAUUCGCAUGGCGAAACAUAAUGCGACUAUCUAUGGUGUCGCGCACAAAAUCGAGUUCAUUGUUGGCGAUUCCAUCAACCUUCUUGCCAAACUUAAAGCUGAUGUCGUGUUUUUAUCGCCACCAUGGGGAGGGUUGAAGUACAAUCGAAAGCAAUUUAAGUUGGAGAAUAUGCUUGUAAAUGGGCUAACUGGGCAAGAAUUGUUUGCAAAGGCUCGUCUCGUGUCAAAGAAUAUUGCCUACUACCUUCCAAAAGGUACACCUGUGGAAGACUUAGAGGCGCUUACACCUGGUGAAACUGUGGAAUGCGAGAAAAUUUUCCUGAACAAACAGCUCAAGGUCCUUACUGCCUAUUAUGGUGACUUGGCUGGAUCAAUUUCUGACGUCGACGAUGCCUUGCCAAAUGAGGAAACGAAUUAA